AUGGAGAUUUCAAACUCUUGUUCUUUUUAUUCAUCAUCAUCAGUAGACAGUACCAAGCCGUGUUCUUCUGAAUCUUCCGUUAAUCUCUCCCUGAGCCUCACCUUUCCUUCUACUUCUCCACAAAGAAAGACAAGACAAGAUUGGCCACCGAUAAAGCCUCUAUUAAGAGAUACACUCAAGGGUUGUCGUCUUCCUCGUCGUGGUGAUGAUACAUCUUUCUUUGUUAAGGUUUAUAUGGAAGGUGUGGCCAUUGGAAGAAAACUCGACCUUUGUGCAUUCUCUGGCUACGAGAGUCUAUUAGAAAACCUCUUUCACAUGUUCGGUACUUCAAUAACCUGUAAGUAA